AUGGGAUUAGUUAACGUACCUUAUGGCAAAGCGGCCAAUAAACAUGAAACAGCACCACGAGUUAAUUACAAGCGUGCAACAGAAGGUCCUUUAGAUAGACCAUUUGAUAGCAAGGCCAGUACCACUUAUGAAUUUAUUAUUGAGUGUUUAGAAAGAACCAAAAAUAAAAAUGUGAUUGGUUGGAGAGAACUAGUUGAUAUUCACGAGGAGGAGAAAAAAGUCAAGAAAAUUAUUGACGGGAAAGAAGUUGAUGUUCCUAAAACUUGGUUAUUUUACGAAUGCUCUGACUACAAAUACCAAAAGGGCAAAGAUUUUUUGGAUGAAAUACAUGAUUAUGGUCGUGGGUUGAUUAAAAUUGGCUUACAACCUGGUGGUAAUGAAAAAUUACAUAUUUUUGCAUCUACUUCACACAAGUGGAUGAAAUCUUUUUUGGCUGCUCAAACUCAAGGUAUUCCAGUUGUUACAGCUUAUGAUACCUUAGGACAGGAUGGGUUAAUCCACUCCAUGGUUCAAACCGAGUCAAAUGCUGUUUUUACCGAUAUUAAUUUAUUAUCCAACUUGAUUGUUCCAUUGCAAAACACUAACCAUAUUAGAUACAUUAUACAUAGUGAGGAGAUCACUCCAAAAGAUACCAGAAACAAGGGCAAAAUCUAUAAGAAUGCCUCUGAAGCUGUUAAGAAAUUAAAGGAAGUCAGACCUGACUUGAAAAUUUAUUCUUUCAAUGAGGUCAUCCAGUUGGGUAAAGAGGCCAAAGACGAAAUAAAACCAAAUCCGCCAUCCCCAAAGGACAUUUCCUGUAUUAUGUACACGUCUGGUUCCACAGGUCCUCCAAAGGGGGUUGUUAUAACACAUGAAAAUCUUAUUGCUGGUAUUGGGGGUAUUUCUACUGUUAUAGACCGUAGUAUCGUCACUCAGAACGAUCGUAUUAUUGCAUUUUUGCCAUUGGCCCACAUUUUUGAAAUGGCUUUCGAGUUGCUGUCCUUUUACUGGGGUGGUGUCGUUGGUUAUGCCACUGUGAAAACGUUGAGUGAUGCCAGUGUUAGGAAUUGUAAGAGUGACAUGAGAGCCUUUCAACCAACUAUUAUGGUUGGUGUUGCUGCUGUUUGGGAAACUGUUAGAAAGGGUAUUUUGGCCAAAGUUAGCCAAUUACCAUCGUAUACCCAGAAGAUUUUCUGGACGGCUUAUUAUGCUAAAUUGAAAAUGGAUAAAUAUCACAUUCCAGGUGGGAACACCUUGGCUAAUAUCAUUUUUAAAAAGGUUAGAGAGGCCACAGGUGGUAAUUUAAGGUAUGCGUUGAACGGUGGUUCUCCAUUGUCGCUUGACGCUCAGACUUUUAUUUCUAACUUGCUUUGUCCACUAUUGGUUGGUUAUGGUUUAACAGAAACUGUCGCUAAUGCUACCGUUCUGGACCCAAGCUACUUUGAACUUGGCGUUGCUGGUUGUUUGACAGGCGCUAUUAAAGUUAAGUUAGUUGACGUGCCAGAAUUAGGAUAUUAUGCCAAGAAUAAUCAAGGUGAAGUUUGGAUUCAAGGUAAGUGUGUUUUGAAAGAAUAUUACAAGAAUCCAGAAGAAACUGAAAAGGCCAUUGUAAAGGCUACCAAAGAUGGCGAAGACAGGUGGUUUAUGACUGGUGAUAUUGGUGAAUGGACCAAAAGUGGACAAUUGAAAGUUAUUGAUCGUAAGAAGAACUUGGUAAAGACUUUGAAUGGUGAAUAUAUUGCAUUGGAAAAAUUAGAAAGUGUUUAUAGAUCUAAUCCUUUUGUUGAUAAUAUAUGUGUUUACGCAGAUGACACCAAAGUUAAACCUGUUGGGAUUGUUGUUCCAAACGAAAAGAAGAUAUCUGAUCUGGCUAUUGACUUGGGCUUGAUUAAAAGGGCUAGCGAGAUCCAUACCGUUUAUUCUAACAAAAAGUUGAGAAGCGCAGUUUUGUCUGAAUUGCUGAAAACAGGGAAGGGCCAAGGCCUAGGUGGUAUUGAAUUGUUAUUAGGUAUAGUCUUUUUUGAUGGUGAGUGGACUCCACAAAGUGGGUUUGUUACCUCUGCACAAAAGUUACAGAGGAGAAAGAUUCUAGCUGCAGUCCAAAAGGAAGUUACCGACCUAUAUAAUAAUAAUGGUUGA